GCGAGUGCGCCGGAUUCCGAUCCUUGGCUAGCCUAUGCGGCGGAGAAGACGUUCACUGAGAAGGCGGUCGUCGAGUUUGGGGAAAAGCACCCCGAGAUCGACAUUUCGAUCGUCGAGCCUCCCUUCGUCUUUGGGGCCUAUGCGCCAGGAUUUGAAGCCCUCGUGCCCCCGAACAGCCCUCAGAGCCUGUCAACCAUGGCAUUCAUCUACCGCUUGCUCCAGCCGGAUACAAAAGACUUCAUGCCUCCGUUCGGCUACGUGGACCUGCGCGAUGUCGUGCGCGCUCAUAUCGCCGCGAUGGAGAUUGACACCAGUGCCCUUCCCGUGCACGAGCGUCGCUUCGGCAUCUUCGCGCCGUACGACACGGACGCGAAGGAGGCCAUUGAGUACGUGGCGCAGCAGCGGCCGGAGCUGAAGGACAGGCUGGCGACGCCCCAGAGCCACUGGGGGGCACGGCAGACUUUGUUUGGAGGAGCAGAGAGGGCGCGCGUCGAGAAGACCUUGGGUUUUCGUCUGGCUGAGCGUUACAGCUGGAAGGAUACUGUGCUUGACACCGUCGAUGCACUCAUUGCUCUGGAGAAGAAGUGGAAGGGGGAGACUGGCAUCAGGGAUUCGGGGGUUUUCUGAUAUGCCCUUUUAGCAAUGUUCAGGUUCAACCAUCAUUGAUCUCGCUGGCCAUGCGCUGCCACGGCGUGGCCAUGGACUCACCACAAUGGGUAUUCUCAUGUUAGGCCUU